CUCUGGCAUUUGAGAAUCUUGCUGUUGAUGACCACCAGGCAGACCCUCUGUCACUGAAAAAACAACUCUGAAGAAACACACAUUAGUACUUUAAAAUUCAGAAGUUUUUAAUGGAUCUUUCUCGAACUUCAGUCCUGAAAUGUGUGAAUGUGGCCUUGGCUCACGAGACCGCAGUCCACACGGUCCUCGCCGGUCACCUGAUAUCCCUCACAAAUAUAACCAUGGCUGUUACCCCCGAACUGCGACUUCAGACAGCAGACUUCAGUCUACAGGUCUCUUCAGCUCGGAGCUCAGGACGCGAACAUGACGGACCAAUCUGCCUUUGACACCGACGUGUGGACGCUCACGCGCUUUGUCAUGGAGACAGGAAGACAAGUGAAGGGCGCGACGGGUGAACUCACCCAGCUCAUUAACGCCAUGCUAACGGCCAUCAAAGCCAUUUCAUCCGCCGUGAGGAAAGCAGGCCUCGCUCACCUUCAGGGCAUUGCUGGGCACAUAAAUGUCACAGGCGAUGAGGUGAAGAAGCUGGAUGUGCUGUCCAAUGAUCUGGUCAUCAACAUGCUGCAGGCUUCUUACAGCACCUGUGUGCUGGUCACUGAGGAAAACAAAGAAGCCGUUAUCACCCCUGCUGAGAAAAGGGGUAAAUACAUAGUGUGUUUUGAUCCUCUGGAUGGCUCCUCCAACAUUGACUGCUUGGCCCCCAUAGGCACGAUCUUUGCCAUCUACAAAAGGAUUGAAGAGUCUUCAGAAGGCGAGCCCACUGAGAAAGAUGCUCUACAGCCAGGUAACCAGAUUGUGUGCGCAGGCUAUGCUCUGUAUGGCAGUGCUACUGUAGUAGCCAUGAGCACUGGAGCUGGACUCAACUUUUUCAUGCUAGAUCCAGCCAUUGGUGAAUUCAUCCUGACAGACAGAAAUGUCAAGAUCAAGAAGAAGGGGAAGAUCUACAGCCUGAAUGAAGGCUACGCCAAAUACUUCGAUUCUGCUGUGACUGAGUACAUAAAGCACAAGAAAUUCCCUGAGGAUGGCAGCGCCCCUUAUGGUGCCAGGUAUGUGGGCUCAAUGGUGUCAGACGUGCAUCGUACCAUCGCUUAUGGUGGCAUCUUCUUAUAUCCUGCCAAUGAGAAGAGCCCCAAAGGAAAGUUGCGGCUGCUGUAUGAGUGUAACCCCAUUGCCUUCCUGGUGGAGCAGGCUGGAGGUUUAGCCACCACAGGCACUCAGAGGAUCCUGGACGUUCAGCCCGAGGCUCUGCAUCAGAGAGUUCCUUUUGUUGUUGGCUCGCCAGAUGAUGUGGAAGAAUACAUGGCCUUUGUGAAGAAAUACAAGAAAUAGACCAUUUUACACUUCUGAAUUUUUUUUAAGGCUAAACAAACAAACAAAAAGCAAAUGAAGUUUGAAACCUACCAACCAUCCAAACCAAAGAUAUAUUCUGAAACGGCUUCUUUGGUUUAAACACAUAUGAAUAAACACACUGUAUUUGUUUUUGGCAAAUGAGCUUAAUUCUAAAACGUUUUCUGAAGGUUUUGAAUUGUUUCAUGCCUGGUUGGGGGUGUAUCAAUUCACUGAAUUCAUAACAGAGUUCAAUAUGAUACAGUGGGGUCUUAAUUUGAUUCAUUUUUCGAUACAGCAAAUAGAAUGAGUGCUAAUAGUGUGGGCCCAUAUAAUGGAAGAGUUUCAUAAUGUACUAUUCACUCCUGAGUCCUUACAGUCCAUACGUUGAAACAAAGCUGCAAAAUUCUUUCGUUUCAAGUUUGUUGUUUCUGUGAUGUCACAAAGACAAACACAUGUAAAUAUAUCUGCCUGUUCAGGCUAUAGAUGUUUAGCUUGGCCCACUUUCAUUGAAGUUAUAAGAAGUGUGUAUCAGCAUAAACUGCUUUUUUAAUUCUAGGGCAAACACACUCAAUGCAAGUGUGCAAACACAAAUGACAAACCUUCUAUACAAACUCACUGUGUGUUCUUAUGUUACUGUAGUGGUUAAAACACCCAGUACUGAAGGGGGUAAUAGAGGACAAAUGCGAAGAGGAGCUGCUGUCAUUCCAACAUCCACUGCUUCUAAACAAGUGAAAGGUAAAAGAGGUGCUUUGUGAGGAGCCUGGCCACUUCCUAUUUCCUAUAUUAUAUCAAAAACAUGACUGCAAAACACUAGAGUCCUUAAUGAAUGGAAGUAAAUGGACCUAAAAUCUCUGUUCAGCCUUGGUUUGCCCCGAGCAUAACAGGGAGCAAAGAAAAUGUGUUUUCUCAGAUCUUCUUACCCCAACUGCUCCCCGUGUGCCGUGGAUAGGGCUGCCCACCACUCCGGGCAAGUGUGCUCACUAGUGUGUGUGUGUGUGUGGUGUUUUACUUCAUGGAUGGGUUAAAUGUGGAGGUGAAAUUUCCCCUAGUGGGACUAAUAAUAUCACCUAAAAUCAACCAAACAAAAAGUUCAGAUAGUGUCUAUUCAACUGGUUGGAUGAUUUGUUUGGUACAUAAAACCACACGAUCUUAAGUGGACCUUAUGGGCAAAAAUAAACAAGAAAAUGUAGAAUAUGGUCUCUUUCCAGUUUAUUUGAGUAUUAUUGUUUUCUAAAAUGUGCUAGCCAUGAGCUAAUAUGUUUGCCCUGAAUUCAUAAUUUCUUACGAAGAGUAUACUCUUCCUCCCUGCUUUUGAUUUUGGGGUAAAGAGAAAGCGAAGGGAGGGUCUCUGUGUGGGCUUUAAUUUUUAUCAUACUUCUUGCAGUAAAAUCAGUAUUAAGCUGAGUACUCUUAUUUCCACCAAUCUGUUGAAUGUACUCUUCAAUACUUCUGGGCACUGAACAAUACAAUGUUAUAUUGCUGCGCUUGAUUUGAAUCACACUAUGGCACAGUCAUUUCAGUGUUAAAUCACAUAGGCCAUUAUGUGAACGUGUGAAUCUGACUAUGUAGUUUCAUAUCUGAUAUCUGCUAUAUUGAUGAAGCCUUAAACCUUCUAACAGCCUGAGGCCAAUCUAGGCAACAGGUUUAUGCUAAUGCUGGAAGAACAUGUGAACUCUUUGCUUGCAGCUACCACACAAACCUUUUUUAUAAUAGAAAGUGUCUUAUUGUAUUGAAGCCUUUUCUGAAAGACAUUUUUGUUCUGAGAAAACCAAAUAAAAACACCAGUAUUUGA